CCUUUAUAAACUCUUCUGUCAACUCUCCCUCUCUCUCUUUCUUAACCCUACUCUCUGAACCGACAUUGCAUCUCACCGUCUCCGUCUCCGUCUCCGUCUCUCUCUCUUUCUCUCCCUCUCCCAACUCUCGAGGUGAAACCCUAGAUUGUAAGUUUUUUUAGUUGAAGAAGUUUCUCGUGUACGACAUGGUUUCUUGAAGAACUUCAAGUCUGGUUCAAUUAGAAAACUCAGUUUCUUGAAUUACUGCCUCUGUAAUUCUGAUGCUGAAGAUGGCUAAACACUAUCUGUGGGUUUUACUUGCUACAAUUCUCUUCUCGACAAUGCUGAUACUUCAAGAUUCUGCAUUAACUGAUCCAUCUGACGAUAAUUGAUACUUUCAUCUCCUAUUUUCGUUUUAUACUCUUCAAUCUUUCAUGCCUUUUUCAGAUGUUUCUUUGUGAUGAAUUUUUUUUGGAGGGGAAGAUUCCUUGUCUUGUAUGAUGUCAAAAAACAAGUCACCAUUCUCCAAGAUCUGUAUAAAUCACUGAACCAACCACCACAGUUGGAUGGAUGGAAACUGAAUGGAGGGGAUCCCUGUAAGGAGUCGUGGAAAGGGAUCUCAUGCUCUGGAUCCUCCGUUAUGUUCAUUAAAAUAAAUGGUCUAGAGCUAAAUGGGAGUCUAGGAGGGAAUCUCUUCGGCCUCUUUAAUUUGAAGCAGCUGGAUGUUAGCUUCAAUCACAUAGAGGGAGAAAUUCCUUCAUCUUUACCUCCAAAUGCCACACAUAUAGACUUGUCGUUCAACAAUUUCAAUCAGAAUAUUCCUUUCUCCCUGACGUCAAUGAAAUAUUUGCGGCAUUUGAAUAUAUCUCAUAAUUCCUUAUCGGGGCCAGUAGGCAAUGUGUUUAUGGGUCUUCCGCAUCUAAAACAAAUGGAUCUAUCAUAUAACAACUUCACUGGAGAUCUCCCAAGAUCCUUUGGAAGUUUGAAGAAUCUUACUGGAUUAUUCCUACAGAAUAACCAAUUCACAGGAUCAGUAGUCUUUCUAGCUUAUCUCCCACUCACUGAUCUCGACAUUCGAAAUAAUCACUUCAGUGGUGUUAUUCCUAAGCAAUUUGAAAAGAUACCGCAUUUAUGGUUUAGCGAAAAUGCAUUCCAAAUAACUCCUACUCCCAGAGAAGGAAAACAGAAGCAAAAAGGACUGGCUCCUGGAGCAAUAGCAUUUACAGUCGGUGGCGUAUUUGUAGUGGCAAUCUGUGUAGCAGCCCUCCUUGCAAUGAGAUCCCGUCUUCGCAGGAAUAACAGAAAUCAUGCUACAGUCAGUACAGCCACAGGAGAAGGCUCCAUUCGCCCAAAAGAUGAUAUUGAGCUUCCAGCAGUUGUGCAAGAAGAAGGAAACAUUAACCAUCCUCAGCCAGGUCCUGCACAAGCUCAACAAGUCAAUGUAGCACCUUUUAAUGGUCACAAUGUCGGGCAGGGUGGUGCUUGUGCUGGUGCUGGUGGUGGUGGUGGUGAAGAUAAGUUUACACCAAUAAUGCGCUUAGUUGAAGAUCAGUGCCCUCGCUGUGGGAAGGAGUCGAGGGUCGGCUUGGAAGCUAUAUUCGAUGUACCCUGUGUAAGGUAUCAACUAUUAUGGCUAGAUUGUGGAUAUAGGUGGACACGUAAUGCAUGAAGUUGUUUAAACCAGUUCGGUUUCGUUUACAUUUUUGUGAACCCUUCAAUAUUGUGUGAUGAAAUACAAUCUUAAAUUUCACUUUUUAUGUUUGAACUGAGCA